AUGACGAAUCCUGCAGAAGAGUUAUUCUCAAAAGAAGCUUUCGAUUUUUCUGAGUACUUUAUUAAACGAAUGAUACCACUUAAAGACCGAAAAACAAGAUGGCAUGAUCAGUUUAGAAAAGCAUUGGAAAAUAUUAGAUCUCGAAGUAAAAGUUAUCUGGAACAGAUGACAACCAAUGACCGCAACCACUUGAGAUCUUUUGCUACAACUGCAUUAAGAUCAGUGACUAAUUUCUACGAAAAAUUGAAAGUUCAGGUGCAAGAUAUCUCUGUAGCCAUACCAUUACAGAGACAUGGCUCAGUUCGUAUGGUUAGCCAUCUUGGGCAUAUAGUAUGUUAUAACCGAACAGGCCGGUAUAGGAAGCUCGAGUUCAGGACAUCUCCUGCUAUAGUGACAUCAGAAGCUAAAUUACUAUAUAAUGUUAAACUAAAACAAUUCCUUUCCUAUUUUUAUUUUGAGACUAAAAUUCUGGGUAAUGUUUCUGAAUGUAUUGAAAUAGAUUCACUUAAAGCAGAACAACUUCUAAAUAGGUUGAGCCUUGGUGAUGGCAACAAUGACAAGUAUGAUUUUAGAAAGAUUGAGAGAAAAAAUUAUGCUGAAAACACUUCAGCUGAUGAGUUAGAUUUAGAUCAUCCGGAGGAAAAGAUAAUUGAUGAAUUAAAUUCUGGAAUAUCAUCUGUUUGUGAAGAUGAACAUGAAAAUUUCUCAGAUGUCAAUUCUGAUAAAGAGUUCUUAGAAGAUCUCAAUACUACAGAUUGUACAGUUAAAGUUUGA